AGUUGGCGAACGCUUCGCGCGCACCUUGGCUGGCGGUGUCAAAUCUUUGGCGUCUGAAAGCGCUGCACUUUUAUCAUUUAUAGGGUUUCUGAUCUCCUAAAAUACACGUACAAUGUCAACAAACGGUAAUACUGCGAGAAUAACACAGUUUAUGGCCCCAGAGGAACGCCUUCAGUUUGGAAUUGAGACUCCUUACCAGCGUCUUGCUUUGCAAAUGCAAGACAUAUUAGGAGAUAGAGGAAUUCUCAAAGAGGUGAUUCAUCCAGGAGAAGGCCGACCCAUACCUUCUCAUGCUUCAGUAUCAAUUCACUUUUCUGGUUUCCUUGAGUACUCCGACAUGCCAUUUGAGACAACCCUCAAUCAUAAAUAUCCUCGAAUGAUGAAGCUUGGUAGAGAUGUUACUUUGUAUGGACUAGAGCUUGGCCUUCUUACCAUGAAGAAAGGCGAGUUCUCCCGUUUUCUCUUUAUGCCCAAAUAUGCCUAUGGUGACCUUGGCUGCCCCCCGCAUAUACCUCCCUUAGCCACAGUCCUGUAUGAGGUGCAAGUGCUCGACUUCUUAGACUCAGCACAAGUAGAUGAAUUUAUGGAUCUGUCCGUGGAGGAACAGAAUGAUGUCCAGCUGGCAAAACUGCUGUCUGUGGUGGACACCCAGCGUAACUUUGGCAACCUCUGCUUCAAUAAAAAGCGCUAUGAAGAUGCAAAAGAGAGAUACCAGCAGGCUGUGACAGUUUUGCAGAACCGUGAACCACUAAACGAUGAAGAAAAAAAGCAUCUUGAGGAAGUCAAGUUACCUUUCCUACUCAACCUCUCACUCACGUACCUCAAACUGGAGAAGCCCCAUAAAGGACUUUGUUUUGGACAGAAAGCCCUGGCUAUAAACCCCCAGAACACCAAAGCACUGUUCCGCUGUGGCCAGGCCUGUUUUGAGAUGAAGGACUAUGAAAAGGCUCAAGAUUACCUCAUACUUGCACAAUCAAAAAAGCCAUUUGACCCUGACAUCAACACCUUGCUGAAGAAACUGGGACUCUGUUACAAGGACUAUUUGGAUGGAGAGAGAGAGAUGUGCUCCAAGAUGUUCUCAGGUUUUAAGCCAAAAGAAAAGUGAAGAUGUCAUCCGUCAUUCUCGAACCAGAGCUGUAAACAUAAAGAACUGGCACAUAUCAGGCAGUUUGUCACUAUCUGUCUUCAAAUACCCCACCGGGCUCCUGUGAACUUAAGCCAGUGAGGUGAUACCUGAUUCCUGUUGCCAUCCACACCAUAUUAAUAGGACUUGUUAGGUGUCCCUGACUUGCUGGAAACAUAGUCGGGGGAGGCUGGCAUGAGGUGGGGGUGUUAGGCCUGUCCAAUUUAUUUUAAUCUACUGGUAAAAGAUACCCACUGCAAAUCCAACCAUACUUGCCAUUUAGUCAAUGCCUCUGCUGUUAGAUGCCGUACAACCUGGAUAGAUACUGCUGCCAUGGAUGGCUUCCCAUUAUAGUGAGACCUGGGGAGCAUGUAGUAAAAAAUGUGCCUUUCUAAAAUAAUUUUCAGAAAAGAGAAGAAGAAAGAAGAUGGAACUGUAUUCAAAAUGAUCAAAAAAAAUACAAAAAUGACAUUGUGUGAUACACUUCGAUACAAGUAGCCAUUACUUAAGAAUGAUAAAUAUUUAUGAUUUAUAGAUUUGUUUCAAAAGUAUUUUGGCUUAAAAUAUUACAAGAAAUCCAUAGUGUUCCAUCAUUGGGAAUAGUAACCGUUUGCCAAAAAGUUUAAAUAAAUGCCACUUUAUUUAUUAUAUUUUUGUAUAAUAUGAUGUAGUUAUGUAAUGCGGUGACAUCGAUGGA